GGAAGAAAUGGGCUGUGUUGUCACGUCUGCUGUUCCCAGACUACCGUGUGAGUUAGACUCCGGGCUCUGGACUAAGUUAAUAAUUAUCAGAAAUGUUCAUUAUUGAUCAUGGAAACAUACCCUUAUUCCACCAGCUAGUAGCUACUAUGUUUUUCACUCUCUCUCUAACGAUUGGGGACAUGUUCAGUCAACAUCUGAAUGUACAACAACACAAAAGUUCCCCCCUGUGAGGAAAUCAUAAUCCUGGGGCUGUUGUUUCCCAGGGGGACUGAAGAUGAUGAUGCACAAUGUUCCAGUAUUGCCUGAAAAUCACCUCUAUGUUGCUCGGUAAUCUGAAAUGUAUUUUGGCUGUGGAGGGGAAAACUAUGAUGCCACAAUUUUAUAGAAAACCCAACCCACAUCGCAGGUCAUUGACCUAUUGUUAUCCUAUCUAGGAUCUGUUGGCAAGACAACCAGGCUAUUGUUAUAUUAUUGGCUUAGAAUAGGUAUUGACUGUUCAUGCUACCAGUCACACAGGUAUCUGCCUAAUAGAUGGAGCUAAACCCUCAUUGUCAUCAACAGCGUAAUCUCAGUGAGCAAUUUCGAAGCCCUUUGAGUUUUGGCUAUUCUGGUUCCGUUCAUCUGUCAUCUCCACACUACAUGAUCUGUUAUGGAUGGUAUUGAUAUUGAUUGACUUAUAAUUGUUGAGAUAUGGAUGAAGAUAUAGGAUUAACAUCACAAAGAUGUACAUUGAAGAUAGGCAAUCAAGUAUGCAGAUUACAGCCCAGCAGAUUAUAAUUUCCGUUGGCCCAUGCAUGUAGAAUGAGACUCCCAAUGAGACAAUGUCAACAAUGAGGCUGAUCUCUCUUUCUCCACUCUAUCAAAACAACAACACACUGACUCACUCCUUAAUAAGUCUGACCCGGUCCCAUAGGAACAUAUAAGAGUUCUCCCAUCCCCCCCAACCACUCUCCAUACUAUUCUGCUCCCACAGCCACAGACUUGAUUGCCAUUGACUUGACUGGUGUCAGAUUUCCCUGCUGCCGCCGUUCCUGACGCUGACACCAAAGCCCUUUUUUCUAUUGAUAUAUAGCAACUCCAAGACUUCAAGACCUUGACUAGAUCUAUAAUGGACACGUAUGGCCAGGGAGAAGACCGCUAUAGGAAUAUUGCCAUCUUGCCUGCACUUGCCUAUGGAAAUAUACAAUGACACAAUUCAAAAAGCCUGAAGAGUGAGGAUUAAUUGAGCUCUGAGUGGGUCCAGAGGCUGAUGAUGAUUUCUAAUGGAGACUUGAAGCUGGGGACAGGAAGGCAUGAUUAUGGUUGUGGCCUUGAGCAGAUAAGGAAGAACUCAGAAAGGAUGGCGUCACAGGAAGGGGGGGAGCCGCCUCCUAACGGCAGCCAAUCAGACAGCCGGUUGAAGAGCAAGAAGCCGCCCAGUCUGGUCAUAGCCAUCCCUGCCCCAGAGGAAGAGGAGAGGGUUGAAGAGGGAGCUGAAACGGUCAAGCAGCCCCUGCGUUCGUCCCUGAAGAAGAGUGAGAGCCAGCAGCAGGCCAGUCCUCUGUCUGACAGUGGUGCUGAUGGUGGAGGAGGUCACUCUGUUGGGGACAGGAGGGCAGCCUUCCACAGACAGACCUCCCUGUCUCAGAGCAUACGCAAGAGUACAGCUCAAGUUACAGCCCAAGCAGCAGGUUGGUUCGGGGUGGGUGAGGACUGUGAGACCAAGCAGCAGCUAUGGCAGAGGAAGAGCCUGCGCCACUGCAGUCAGCGCUACGGCAAGCUCAAGGCCCAGUACAGAGAGCCAGAGCUCCCCAUCAGCAUGGACCAGGGCCUGGACUCACCCGCCGCAAACAAGAUGCCCAAGAUUGUGGACCCCCUAGCGCGGGGGCGAGCGUUCCGCUACCCGGAUGAGACGGACCGACCUCCCCGUACCCCCCACACGGGACCCGUCACCCCGGGGUUCUCGUCCCAGCGCUCCGGGGGAUACGCCCACCUGCCCCGACGCAAGAGGGAGUCUGUCGCCCGCAUGAGUAUACGAGCAGCGUCCAACCUACUCAGGGGUCGUUCAGGUCUAGUGGGCUCCCAGACAAGUCGUAGUUUCCGCCGGCAGAGCUUCGCCCGGCCCAGCUUGCUGGAUGAGGAUACUGUGGACUCAGCAGACGCUCACGAGUCUGUCUUCUUCAGCAAGGUGGAUGCCCAUGAUGAGUUGUACUCCAUGGCUGAUGAUGUGUUCGACUCUCCCCCUAUGUCAGCUUCCUAUGGAGAUCACCAUGAGCCCUACCAGGGCCUGGAUGUGUCUAAAACCCCCACCAUGCGUAUUGAGAAGGCCAGGUCACAGCAGCGGGGGCGCCGUAUUGCUUCCCAGGUCAAGCACUUUGCCUUUGACAAGCCCAAGCGGCAGUACGGCAUGGGCGUGGUGGGAAACUGGCUCAACCGUCACUACCGCCGCAGCAUCAGCAGCCAGGUGCAGAAACAGCUGGACGACUUCAGCAGCCACAGACCGUACUUCACCUAUUGGAUCACCUUUGUCCACGUGGUCAUCACCAUCCUGGCCUGUGCUACCUAUGGCUUUGCCCCUGUGGGGUUCGCCCAACACUCCACAUCUGAACUGGUGUUGAAGAACAAAGGCAUCUAUGAGAGCGUCAAGUUCAUCCAGCAGGAGAACUUCUGGAUCGGCCCUGGCUCUGAUGACCUAAUCCACCUUGGGGCCAAGUUCUCCCCGUGUAUCCGCAAGGACAGCCAGAUAGUCAGUCUCAUCCAGAAAGCCAAGGACCAGGAGAGAGAGUCAGGCUGCUGUGUACAGAACGACAACUCGGGCUGUGUCCAGACCCUCAGCAACGACUGCUCGGAGUCAUUGGCCACCUUCAUGAAAUGGAGGGGUGAGAAUGUGGACAUUCUGAGAUCAUCAGGCUCUGUGUGUCACCAGGACCCCAGGACCUGUGAAGAGCCCGCCUCAGCAGAGCCUCACAUCUGGCCCGAUGACAUCACACAUUGGCCGAUCUGUACCUCCCCACGCAAGACGAACCUGACAGGCUACAGACACAUGGACUGUAACCUCAAGGGACGACCCUGCUGCAUAGGAACUAAGGGCCGGUGUGAGAUCACUACGAGAGAGUACUGCUCCUUCAUGCACGGUUACUUCCACGAGGAGGCCACCCUCUGUUCCCAGAUCCACUGUCUGGAUGAUGUGUGUGGCCUCCUGCCCUUCCUCAACCCUGACGUCCCUGACCAGGUCUACAGGCUGUGGCUCUCCUUGUUCCUACACGCAGGCCUCCUCCACUGCCUGGUGUCAGUAGUGUUCCAGAUGACUAUCCUGAGAGACCUGGAGAAGCUGGCUGGCUGGGUCCGCAUCUCCAUCGUCUACGUCCUCUCUGGCAUCACCGGCAACCUGGCCAGCGCCCUCUUCCUCCCCUACAGAGCUGAGGUUGGCCCAGCUGGCUCCCAGUUCGGGCUGCUUGCCUGCCUGUUUGUGGAGCUCAUCCAGGGCUGGCAGAUGCUGGAGAAGCCAUGGAAGGCCUUCCUCAAGCUGGUGGGCAUUGUCUUCUUCCUGUUCCUGUGUGGCUUGCUGCCCUGGAUCGACAACAUCGCCCACAUCUUCGGCUUCCUCAGCGGCCUGCUGCUCUCCUUCGCCUUCCUGCCCUACGUGACGUUCGGCGACUUCGACAAGUACCGAAAGCGUGUCCUGAUCCUGCUGUCGCUGCUGGUCUACCUGGGCCUGCUCUCCUCGCUGGUCGUCUGGUUCUAUAUCUACCCCAUCAACUGGCACUGGCUGGAGCACCUUACCUGCCUGCCCUUCACCAGCAAGUUCUGCGAAAAGUACGACAUCGACCAUGUGGUGCACUAGGCUAGCACUCACUAAAGCGCUAGCAGCUAAUGCUAGCUGGCUUUAACGCCUGGACAUUCACUGAAAUGCUAACAGCUAAUGCGAGCUGGCUUUAGAACCUGGACAGGAAGCGCAGUGGAAAAUACUUUUAAGGGAAACAGAACUUAAAGAGAGCGCACCUGGUUCGUAUGCCCGUAAGCACCCAGGGUAUCUACUCACAUUGACUUCAACACUGUAAAGCUAUGCUAGUUCCUCUGGAGAGACCGACUCAGUCUGAGCGUGGCAUUAAAGUGGACUUGGAAGACUACAGAGGAUAUCCUACCCUAUCGGUUCAUAAACUGUCACGUUAAUACUACAGAGGCCUCUUAUUUGUUAUCUUUUGGACUCAUUUUCUACAACACUGGAUGUAUCUAACACUACGUGAUACAGAAUUUCAUUAUGUUCAAAUACUUUGAAUUAGCUGUUCAUGUGAGCAUUUAAUUAUGGUAUUGAAUACAAGUCAUACAGUCUGUCACUGGCUGGAGCAUUGUUUCAACUUGAACCUAGUUUUGUGUGCUUUUCAUGACUUUUCCAUGGCACUUUUUUGGGGACCAGUUAAGAGUUAAGAAUUUCAUCCAAUAGCAGUUGCCUUUCACAAUGAAUUAUACUGUACAGACAGUUUCAAUAAAAUGGUGUUAUUGUAUCUGUAAAUGAUGGUCUGACCUUCCAAAUCCUGCCUUCCAAUCUGCUUAGGUUAUUUGUAUCAACUGCCACAGGUGCUAGAUAAAUAUACAUCUAACUAAUUCCAAUUGAACUGUCACACUGCCCCAAAGACAAGCUGUUUAAGUGCAAGUUUAAGUGCACUACUAAUUAAACACUUUGACUUGCUCUGGCCAUAAUUGUGCCACAUCACCUGACAUUGUGUUUAUAGCUUUGAUACUCAAACGUUAAUUACACGUAAUAUCGUAAGAUUAUAGGAUCUGACUGAACAAAAGGCUACUGCGUGCCUUGAUCAAUGGCCAUUGAUUCAAGAAAGGCUGCUAGUCACUCUUGCCAUUACAGAUAUCAAAAUGGCCAACAGAGUUUCUGCCAUCCUGGCCUGCUCCUGGUCUCUUGGAUUAUGACCCUCUCCUCUGGCAGGUGUCCACUCUUCACUGCUUAGGACGUUUCCUGAGAGGUGGAUUACUGCGGUGAUGUGGAUUAUUUGAGCAGGAUUUACUGUGCUUUGUUAAGUCACUUUACACACCAGCAGUCAACUGGUGGCGUUAAUGGCCGACUAUGUCAAUAACGUGGAAUUCUUCACAGGUGUUGGUUGGACGAUCGUUGAGUACUGUUUUACGUUGUUUUUUCAUUUGGGCAUUUAAAUGGUUGUGACCCUGUUUCAUUUGCUAGGAAUCUGUCCCUCAUUUUCUUUUAAUAUAAACACUUUAGCACAGUCUGGUCCUCUUCAUAGGAAUUCACAGUGCCUUCUGAAAUGUGUGUAAGCCUUGAAUUUGAGUGUCUGUAAAUCGGUACGCAUACAUGCAUAAGUCUGUAAAUGCAUUUGGACCAAAUUGAUUAGUUAUUUAUUGGAUUAAAAAGAAUACUUUGGAAUUUGCUCUUUUACUGAGAUAUUGUGAUAUAUUAUUGCUGCAGUUUAAGUUAUUACACUUACGUGUAUGGACAAAUUCAGACGAUGUUCUUAAAAAUAAAUGUAAAUUGAAUCAUG